AUGGGAAGUGUUUCGUCUGAAGACGUUUCUGAGAGAUGUGGAAGUUAUAGUCCGAGUGCUGACAUCAGCGAAUCGGAAAGUUCUAGUAGCUUUUACGGUCGACGUUUUGAUGCCGAGGGAGCUUCAAGCUCAGUGAAUCUCUCGCCGCGUCAACGCCGCGCAUUUCAACUUACCGACGGCGGCGCAAGUCAUGCUUCCGGUCAUCGGUGGUAA